AAACAAAUGCGAGCACCACCACCAUCCAGUCAGAAAACAACUACACUUUUAAGUCUUACCGCCCGUGUGAAAAGUCCCGCUUUUAACGCUAUGGACGCUUCCGAAAACUCGGGGAGUCGCUUUGGUCGCUCUAUUUGGACUGUUUGGGGUUACCUCACAGGAGCUGUUGCAAGAUACCUCAGACCGGAAGUAACAGAUGAAGGAAACCAAAAUGAUGUUGUUUUGAAAAAUAAAGCAAAUGAGAUUAACAGUGAAGAAAAAGAAAAUGAAGCUGAGAAAAAUGUGGAGGGUAAGAAAUGCAAUGAAAAUGAAAACAAUACAGAGGUCAAAUGUGUGUUGCCUGAGGCCAGAAUACAAGUUGCUUUGGCACAGUGGGAAAAAACUGAUGUGGUCAUGGACGAUCAUACUGAACUUCAAGUAAACGCCACAAAGAAACAAACUUACCAUUGUGCAGUGUGGUCCAUUGGCACCAAUCAUGAUGAGAGUGUUUCAUGUGAUGAUGUAGACAGCGAUGGACACAAGCAGAAGAGUGGAACAAGUACUUUGGAUGUUCAGAUCGAUGACAAAAAAGAAGAAAAACAAAAAAGUGAAGCACGUGUUGAAAAAAAGCCAGUUUCAUCUGAUGCAAGCUGUAAAGAUAAUGUGGAGCGUAAGGUGAGUGAAACUGAAGAACAGCCUUUUGAAAUUGUGGACAGUAAACAAAAAGAUGGUUCCAAUAAAGAUAAAAAAGAACAAAAAUGUGAUCAUGAGGAUGACAAUUUUCAAGAAUGUGAAUUCAUGAGAGAAGAUCAAAAUAAUGCAGAGGUAACAAUCAAACCUGAGCUUUAUGGACAAGACGUAGAACAGAAAAAAUUGGGGACAGAAUACACCACAGACUUUCCCAAGGAAAAAGGAGUUGAAAGUGUUAUUGAUGAAAAGGAGCAACAAACUGUUGUCCAAAAUCAGGAACUGGACAAAGUUGAAGAUUUUGAAGAUGAAGGAACUGAAUCACAAGUGAAAGAUGGAGAUUCAAAGGAAGAUGGUGCAUUUUCAAACCCUCUUGAGAUUGGAAGACUUGAAGUAAUUAAAAAACAUUCAGAAGAAAUUAUUGAAAAUAUAUCAGAAAAUGAGCUGGGAAGUAAGGAUACAACUGAGCAGGAUAAAGACGUUCAAGAGAGUGAACAACUGAAUUGGCUGGACACUUGUGAAUUAGCAGGUACAGGCAUUUGCAACAUAGAGGAAGUUCAUGAUGGAAGGCUGGGAGAAACCCAAACUACCCAAACAAAGAAUGUAGAUGAAACUAAAUCUGUGUUAUUGAAUCUAGAAGAUACACUGCCAAGGACUUCAGAAGAAAUAUUUGAAGAAAUUGUAGCAAGUAAUGAACCAGGAAGGACCACAGACACAGUAGUGGAUUCAUUUUUUGAAACUGUUGCUACAUCUAAAGACAACUUGCAGUCUGAUAUAUCAAAACAGGAUACUUCACAAACAGGAACUGGAUCACCUGUGGUGGCCAUAAAAACUGAGGCUAUGUUUUCAGAUAUCAUUGUUUGUGAGCUCUCUGGAGAAUUGAGGAAAGGGCCAGAGGUUGGUUUAGUAAAGACAGGGGCUGUGGACCAAGUAAAAACAGUAGAGAUUUCUUUGGGAAGUUUUGAGGAGAUUAAGACUAACUUAGAUGAACCAAACACUCAAACAGAAGAGUAUUCACAAAGGGACACUGUGGUCCCCCACUCUGUUGAGCUAGAAUUGAAGGAUAGCAAGGAGGCAAUUAAGAUUGAACAAGACAUCAGGGGGACAGAAUACACCACAGACUUUCCCAAGGAAAAAGGAGUUGAACGUGUUAUUGAUGAAAAGGAGCAACAAACUGUUGUCCAAAAUCAGGAACUGGAGAAAGUUGAAGAUUUUGAAGAUGAAGGAACUGAAUCACAAGUGAAAGAUGGAGAUUCAAAGGAAGAUGGUGCAUUUUCAAACCCUCUUGAGAUUGGAAGACUUGAAGUAAUUAAAAAACAUUCAGAAGAAAUUAUUGAAAAUGAGCAUAUAUCAAAAAAUGAGCUGGGAAGUAAGGAUACAACUGAGCAGGAUAAAGACGUUCAAGAGAGUGAACAACUGAAUUGGCUGGACACUUGUGAAUUAGCAGGUACAGGCAUUUGCAACAUAGAGGAAGUUCAUGAUGGAAGGCUGGGAGAAACCCAAACUACCCAAACAAAGAAUGUAGAUGAAACUAAAUCUGUGUUAUUGAAUCUAGAAGAUACACUGCCAAGGGCUUCAGAAGAAAUAUUUGAAGAAAUUGUAGCAAGUAAUGAACCAGGAAGGACCACAGACACAGUAGUGGAUUCAUUUUUUGAAACUGUUGCUACAUCUAAAGACAACUUGCAGUCUGAUAUAUCAAAACAGGAUACUCCACAAACAGGAACUGGAUCACCUGUGGUGGCCAUAAAAACUGAGGCUAUGUUUUCAGAUCUCAUUGUUUGUGAGCUCUCUGGAGAAUUGAGGAAAGGGCCAGAGGUUGGUUUAGUAAAGACAGGGGCUGUGGACCAAGUAAAAACAGUAGAGAUUUCUUUGGGAAGUUUUGAGGAGAUUAAGACUAACUUAGAUGAACCAAACACUCAAACAGAAGAGUAUUCACAAAGGGACACUGUGGUCCCCCACUCUGUUGAGCUAGAAUUGAAGGAUAGCAAGGAGGCAAUUGAGAUUGAACAAGACAUUGAAACUCCAAUUGAUUGCUUAAAUGCAACACUUCAGGAAAUUGACAAAACCGAGUUCUCUCUCAAAAAACAUGUUGAAUUAAGAACUGCGCUGACUUUUGAAACAGUGGAAACAAAGACCUGUUCAAAAAAAGCAAAAGUGAAAACCUUUGAGACAAACAUUCAAGCAGACAGUGAGCUUGAUUUGACCACAGAAAGAGAAUGCAAAUUGUCUCAAGCAACAUUGGACACUGUCAGUGAAUCACUGGAAGAAGGUGAAUCUAUUGUUGUGUGUGCAAUUGCUGGAACAGAACCAUAUCCAGUUGAUUUGAAACUUGAUGCAGAGGAUGCACCAGAUGUGAUAGUAGCAAAAAUUGGUCCAGUUGGAUCACAGACUGAACUAACAAGACCUUUAAGUCCAGCAGAGUUUCUGGUCGAAACUCUUGAUUUGAAGAUAGACUCAUACAUAUACUCAGAGGGACAGGAGAACAGAGAGAUCAGGUUGUUAGAUGAAACUGAGGCAUUGAAGACCACUUUAGAGUAUGUAGAAGAAAUAACGAAUCAAGUCCUGAAGGAAAUGAUGGAAAUGGAAAAUAAUGUAGGACAAGAUGUAGAACCUUUGGUAGGACUUUCAACAGAAAAACUUGGUGAUGCAGAAUUUCAAGAACUGCCAACUGGUACCUUAGUCCUAGAGCAAGAAAAUAUGGAGGUGUCCAAGUUCUUAGCUGGGACAGAGGAGAGCAUAGAGAUGGAGGUGGAAACGUCCAUUUGUGAAGUUGUCAAGAAACAAAUUGAUGACCCUAUUCUUUCACCUGUGUCUGAAACAACUGACGACGUUGAACAUAUAGAAGAGAAGGGUGCAGCUGGAGAAACAGUGAUAUGUUGUCAUGAAGACAUAAUUGAAAUCAGCAAAUCUGGGAUUAAAAGAAGAUUUGAAAAUGUGAGCAAAGAUGUUCCAGAAGUGAAGAUAGACGGAGAAGAAAAGGCUCCAACAACAGACUGGCCAACUACUGUUGAUUUAGAUUUACAGGAAUUCGAGGACUCAUCUUUGGACUUUAGUGUUCAGAAGUCUAGAAUUGCAGUGAAGAAUCCCUUAGUUCGGCCACCCAAAGACCCGAGAAAACUUAUUUUUAAGACCUCAGUGGAACCCUUUCUCCCAAAGCCUCCAGCUUGCGGCCUGUUCAAGGGAGGUCAGGGAAUUGCAGUCUCUGUGCCAAGUAAAGGGUUCAUUGGAUUUAAACUCCCAGGUGUUGGCACUGAGAUGCCCAUACUGAGAAAAACUGAGUUUGGUAAGAAAGCAAGAGAAUCUGGAGAGGCAGAGAGCCAACUACAGGCACAGGAACAGCAAAAAUCAGUGGCAGUAACAGAGGAUUCUGUCAAACAAGAGCCAGCGUCACUUAAACCCAAAUGGACACCACCAAGACAUACUGGUAUGGGCAGUCCCUUGAUGAUGGCAGAACUCAAAGGCAAACUCAAAAAGCCUCUAAAGGAGUAAUCUGUUUGAUUAUUUCAUUAUAUUUGGAUGCAGAGAUGCAUUCUCUACCUGGUUUCUAUUUGUAAUAUAUUUUCUUAUUUAAGCACUAUGCAACCUGACAAAUAUUGUGGGGUUUUUUGCUAUUGCAAAAGUCUGAAGCCUGUGUUUACCACUGAAGUUAAGCAACAUUUCCCUUUCACUUCCGCCAUUUCAUUAGAUAUCUGAUAUCUGCUCACUCCUCAGUAAAAAAAAAUGCAUUUCAGCUGUAUUCUGUAAUUUCUUUUAAGACUUUCAAUCUCAUGUAUAAUCUCAACAUUGUGUGUGCCUUACCAAGCUCAGCGAAGCACAGUAUUUACUUGGAAGCAAAUUAAGUAUAAAAUAAAAACUUGAAGUGAGGUCAGGGGCCAUUCAUUGUAAGCUAAAUGUCAAUAAAUA